UUUUUUUUUCCCUUGUAGCCUCAUAAGAUGGCGGGUGAUUCAGAAACCAAAACAAAUGGCUUCUAUUCAGACUUUUCUUUUGAAUCAAAUGCCAGACGAUUCAAAACAAACUUUGACUCAAUUUAUGAAAAGUAUCAGAGGCCUUUCCUAGAUGAUGACUUGGUAGAACUGAAAAAUCUGACCAUUAAAAAAGAUAAUGGAUUUUUACAAAUUAAGAAAUCUGUUCUCUUUGGUGCCGUCAAAUUAAAGUGUGCAAGAAGCAAAGGAACAUUUCCUGACAAUAAGGCUCUGGAAGAAACAUUUACCAUUGACAAAAAUGUGUCGAUGGCUAUAGAACGUGAAUGCGGCUCACUUUUUGGAGGCACAGAGCCUGAUGAUGAUGAUGAUGAAGAUGCUGAAACAUUAAGUCCUGUCAGCAGUGAAGAUGAGGAGGAAGAAGAGGAAAAUUCAUCUGAGUGCGAUGGUUGUGAUUUUGAUUCAGAUUCAAGUCUUAAGGAAGGUUCUAGUUAUUCAGAGCCAUGGGAUUCAAGCUCAGAAAACUCUGACAACAGCACCGAAGAUUUAGAAGAAAAGGCAUUGAAUGAAACAUUUGACAUUAUUAAAGUCUCAAAUAAAGAACAGAAUAGAGAGUGUCAAAAGUGUCAGCAACACAUUUUUAAAGCUACUCCUUUGCUAUCUAGUGAAGCUCGAUGCAAUACAGACCCCAAAAGUGUUCAACCAUUUUUUCCUGGAAGAAUUAUUUGUUCACCCAAACUGCCAAACAACAGACCAGGUACAAGCAAGUCCAAUGGUGAAUCCCCUCUGAAAAAAACUCUUAACAGCACAUUCUCCCCUACUUUAAAUACAAGCAUCUCCAGCUCACUGAAUGAUUUGAAGUUGGUCUCUCUAUCUAGCCCAUUGAAAAGUGAAACUUUGAAUAGUUCAAGGGUCAGCAGCAAGCUCAGUGCAUCACAUAGCAGUUUUGCUUCUCCUGUCAACACCACUAUUGCUUCAUCAUUUGGUGACUUGACUCUAGUCUCCCUUUCAAGUCCUGAGAUAAAGCCCCCUCGUAAUAACAAAUCUAUUGACAAACUCUUGUCUUCUCCACAGUCCCAGCAAAGAUCUUCUAAAAAUGAUAUGAAAGAUAUCUAUAUCUCAAACUUCACUGCGUCACGGGAUCAAAGAAAUGUUGAGACAUGUUUUAAAAGUCCAACAACAGUGAAAAGAAGAAUAAUCACAACUAAAGUUGAUUGUUUUGAGAAGAGACCAAUACCUGACAGAGUCAUUACACCGGUGCUGCAAUCUCAAAAUGAUAAAUUGAAGUCCACUUGUCAAAAGCUUGAAAUUAAAAAAAUGUCAGAAAUAAAAAAAACAGAAAGCAUGCCACCCAGAGACUUAAAACUAAGUGAGUUUUCCACUAGUGAUUAUUUCACAGAUUCAUCAUCACCCAGAAAAGUUCCCAACCAUGUGCCUGGCCAUUGUGACUACCAUUUGAUUUCUUUAGAUACCAACACUACAAAACCUCACAACUUUAUUGAUCUGCACAAUUUUAAUCAUCAACCUACAACGGUAAAUUGUCUAACAAAAUAUCUUGAGCAUUUGAAGUCUUCACAUUAUCUUAAGAAUGCUAAUUGUUCUGAGUCUUCACAUUAUCUUAAGAAAGCUAAUUGCUCUGAGUCUUCACAUUAUCUUAAGAAUGCUAAUUGCAUGGGGUGUACCAUUAAAGAGCCAAUAACUAUUGAAGGAAACAAAUUCAGGAAGAGGUUACAAUUGAAGAGAAACAGCAUUUGCCUGCAAAAAAGCUUGUUAAGUAACUAUUCGCUACCACAAAGUAGCUGUAGUCUCUCUAGCACAGAUGAUUUUGUUUCUGAUGACGAAAGUAAGUCAUCAACAUUGACAGACAUUGCCACAGAAGAGUAUAGUUCUAAAGAUCUAAAAUCUACACAGCAGGUAGGGGGCUGCAAGUGUAAUUGUGGAGGAAAGACCAAAAUUGUUUUAUCUAAGAAUGCAUCCACACAAGUGAGUGGUGCUCUUGAUCAGGACAUUGUCAAUAAACACUCUGAAACAUUGACAAUCUUGCCUAGAAAUAUGAAUAUGGAAACUUUCACUGUUUCUGACAAUCAUGCUGAAAGUGUAGAACACCUUCCACGUUGUAGUUUUCCUAUUACCACUAUUUCUAGAAAUCAUAAGAUUAUAACAGAAUGGGAUUGGCCUCCUUCCAGGCCUAAAUCUCCUUUAACACCUAAAAGAAAAAAGAAGGAUAAACAUACUGAGCCUCUUACAUGCAGCUGUCAGAAUUCCUCAGCAAGUAAAAAAUCUGAAAGUGCCAUGUUUACUGAAGCAUAUAUUAACAAGUUCUGUCCGAAAAAUCCCUUUAGAAUUGAUAGUGAUUCCCCUGUGCAUAAUGGAGAAAAGCCGUUUCUUUCAUUUCAAAAAAGCCUUAAAGCAUUUCGCCCUUUACGAAACAGCACAAAGCUAGCAGAUGUCUCACAACAUAGAGAUGUUAAUAGCCAUCCAAAACAAGAUAAAAUCUUUAUGACUGAUAUUCAUUAUCACCAGAAGCCACCUAAACUAAGAAAAAUAUCAAGUUCAAAGUUAUCUUUAAGAAAAUUGGCACUCCCCAACAUUAAGUUGCAUAGCAAAUCUAAUAGAAAGAGAAUGAUGAAUUCCUCCAAUUUGCCUGCCACUCAAACCUUCUUCCCUCUCAGGGCCAGUACACCAUUUGGAGAGAUGUCAAUCUUGGACAGUACAAUCUCCACCAUUGUAGAGCCUUCAGUCUGUAGUGAGACAACUUCUGAAGAUCACACUGACUUGGAUACCACUAGAUCUUUAUCUUUAGAUGAUGAUGUAGCACUUUUGUGCUGACCUUUGUGUAUGUAUAGCCUGAACUAUAUAUAUUUUUAAAAUAUGUUCUCUUAGUGUAGAUGCUUUGUUGAAAUUAUUUUCUCUGUGUAGAUAACUUGCAAUGUUGAUUUCAAACAUUUGAUGUUAACACUGGAUAUAUUACGCUUGCCAUUUGAAAUACUAAAUAUGUAUUAUUUGAGAGCCUUGUUUAAAAAAAAAAAAAGAUGCAUCUUUUGCAUGACAAUAUUUUUCCUGUGUGUUAUAAUAUAUUGUUUAAAAUGUCACUAAACAGAUAGUGUUGAUCCUGAUCAAACUUGAACAGAUUAUUUUUAGUCGCUGCUUAAACAUAUUUUAUAUUGAUGUACUUUAUAGUUCCUAUAUUUGUAAAAAGAAAAAUGUUUUUGUAAUUGUAUAAUAAAACCUUUACGCCAUUUUUUAAUGCUUUUUCUCUGGUGCAUUGCUGAAUCAAUGGAAGCAAAACCUGCACGAAAGCAUCUAUGUCUGUUCCGCUCAGAUGGCAAAUGUAGCAUCUAUGUCUGUUCUGCUCAGAUGGCAAAUGUAGCAUCUAUGUCUGUUCCGCUCAGAUGGCAAAUGUAGCAUCUAUGUCUGUUCCGCUCAGAUGGCAAAUGUAGCAUCUAUGUCUGUUCCGCUCAGAUGGCAAAUGUAGCAUCUAUGUCUGUUCCGCUCAGAUGGCAAAUGUAGCAUCUACGUCUGGUUCCGCUCAGAUGGCAAAUGUAGCAUCUAUGUCUGGUUCCGCUCAGAUGGCAAAUGUGUUCAAACUUCAGCGCCUACUGUCCCACACUAAAAUAAAAGAGAUGUUCAUCACAGAGGUCCUUUAUGGCUAUGAUUGUACCUGACUUGCUUACACAGAACAAGAGUGUCCGCUUGCGGCUUAUGAAUUUUUGAAUGCUGCUGCUUUUUUUGAUUCAACAAUAAACCUAGGGGGAAAAAAAGCAUUUUUAUGAAACCUUUACAUUUAUAUUUGUCUUCUUUUUUUUAAACCAGUAUCAAGAAUUAAGGGAUUUACCGCUAUUAAUGGUGUCUGUAAGUGAUAAAAGAAAAAAAAACAAACACUGUGCUGAUAUACGAGCCAGAAAGUAAAAGUUGAAAUUUGUUAGAAAAAUGUAACAUUGAAAUUAAAAUCCUGAUAUUGCACAGAUUGUUUUCCCUGAUAUACAUUUAGCAUUUCUAAUAUAAUAUUGGCUAGUUAUUGUGGUAGGUAACGGCCGAGUUGAAUGUUUCCCAUAGCCAGUGCCACAUUUUUUUUUUUUUUAAAGUUACAAUUGUCACACGGUAUGCUGUACUGGAUGAAAUGUUUGUUCCGUUAAAAAUUCUAUUCACUACCUUUAAAGC